AUGGGCUCUGUACAUGACUAUCAGAAUGAGUUGACUCCGGAUCAUCAGGCAUCGGCAGAGAGCAAUCAUGAAGCUGAUCAAACAUCCCACAAGUCUUCAAUGGCCCGCAACAAAUGGCAGGAAUAUCUAAACAGUGUAACUGACAAUUAUGGAUUGGACUCCGGGCGCCCUGAUCAGGAUCUGACUUUCAACAACGACCAUGCUGCCAUAGACAUCAACUAUGCGUUGGAUUUGAUUGGGUCUCGAUUGCAUAACGAGGAAGCCUCGCAGUCGAAAGUCUCUCAACCUGACCCAAAACAAGUCCAAUUUUGCAGUGGUUACUACUCUUCCCCGGUGCCCAUCAAUAUCCCGAGGUACUUGUCUCCGCUUCCAUCAUCGCUGCUGGAAAACCCCAUCAAUUUGAUGUACUUCCAUCAUUUCCUAAACCACACUGCUCGGAUGCUUGUCCCGCACAACUGCGAUAAUAAUCCGUUCAUCUCGGUUUUGCCCUCAAUGGCAAUCGGUGAUUCCAAUCUCCUGAACUUGUUGCUUGCAUAUUCCGCUAGUCAUCGUGCUCGAUACCUAGGUCAUCCCGAACCCGCCAAUCGAAUCGCUCAUUGGGUCAGCAAGGUUUUCCCAACCUUGCGUAUGGCAUUAGAGUCAUCCAGUGAAGACAUCACUGACAGUCACUUGGCCACAGCCAUUAUGCUGUUGUCAUUAAAGAUCGUUUCUCCAAGGACAUUUGAAGUGCCGAUCACCUGGAAGAGCCAUCUGAAGCUUGCUCGCGAUUUAUUCCUUGCACGAAGUGAGAGUAUGUCGCAGCCUGGAAACCGGAUCGGGGCGUUCUUCGCCCGCUGGCUGGGCUACCUCGACACUAUGGGAUCUCUGUCAUGUCGAGAAGCUGGUCCUCCGCUAAUGAUAUACCACUCCAUCCUAACAGACUGUUCCGCGCCUGACAGUCUUGAUGAGUUUGGCGUUGACUGCUUCACUGGGUUCACUCCCCGCACUGGAGUCUUUCUGAUCCGUCUUGCACGGCUGGUGCAGGAAUGUGACAACCAACGCUUCGAUGAAAUGGGUAACUUCCGGCAUGAUUGGCACGCAUCUGCGGAAGUUGUUCUGGAAGCGCAAUCCGUACUUGGUGAUAUCGACGGGAUCAGCGAGCGAGCGUAUACCAGCCUUGAACACCAUCAUGGCGUUGAGUCUUCGGACAUGAUAGCCAUCGAGGAGGCCUUCCGGUAUGCCGGUCUUCUGCAUCUCCAUCGACGUGUCCUUGGGUCUUCGCCUUCCUCCUUCCCCGUGAAGGAGGUAUUGAGCAAGCUUAUUGAUGCUCUCGGUCGCAUGCGCCCUGGUGCAGCCACUGAAGUCUGCUCCUUGUUCCCGCUCUUCACGGCUGGUUGUGAAUCUAGAGACUCGGUUCAACAAGGCAAGCUUUUAGACCGGUUCUUUGUAUUGGAGAGUUCGGGCAUGAAACAGGUACGGUUCCAUGCGUUUUUAACAUUCGAUUGGGAAGAUUUGCUGAUACGAUAUUCGCUAGAUUCAAAACGCGCGUCAACUGAUGCAACACUGCUGGGAUACUGA